AAAAAAAAUACUCUGAACAAAAAGAUUUUGUUUUCUAUUCAUCGAAAAAAUAUAAAAGAAAAAAAAAAAAAAAGAUUCUGUUUCCCCUCCAUAAAUAGAGCAACUUUUCCCUACUGCACAGUAUACUUCACCGGUUCCACCCCAGCCAGUUAGAACCACAGAACAGACUAAGAGGGUGGGGAAAUGGGGUGGGCCAUCGCUCUUCACGGCGGUGCCGGAGAUAUCUCGGUCAGUUUGCCAGCGGAGCUCCGUCUGCCUCGCGAGGCCGCCCUCCGUCAUUGCCUUCAGAUCGGUGUCGCAGCACUCAAAGCCGGGAGGCCUGCCUUGGACGUAGUUGAACUUGUGGUUCGUGAACUAGAGAACAUUCCAUGCUUUAAUGCGGGUAGAGGAUCAGUCUUAACCAGCAACGGUACAAUUGAAAUGGAAGCUUGUAUCAUGGAUGGCAAAACAAUGAAAUGUGGAGCUGUUUCUGGGCUCAAAACCGUUGUUAAUGCGAUAUCUUUAGCACGGCUAGUCAUGGAGAAGACUCCUCAUAUAUAUCUCGCAUUUGAUGGUGCAGAAGCUUUUGCAAGGGAACAAGGUGUUGAGACUGUAGAUUCAAACCACUUCAUUACUCCAGAAAAUAUCGAAAGGCUAAAGCAGGCAAAGGAGGCCAAUAGAGUGCAGAUUGAUUAUACACAACCCAUUAAGAAAGUUGUGGAGAAAGAAAAACCAGUUGCAAACGGCGAUAGCCAUAUUGGGACUGUAGGAUGUGUGGCAGUUGACAAUCAGGGCAAUUUAGCUACCGCAACUUCAACUGGUGGAUUAGUUAAUAAGAUGGUUGGAAGAAUUGGGGAUACCCCAAUCAUAGGUGCAGGAACAUAUGCCAACAGUCUCUGUGCAGUUUCUGCCACAGGAAAAGGGGAGGCCAUAAUACGAGGUACUGUUGCAAGGGAUGUUGCGGCUCUUAUGGAGUUCAAAGGUCUUUCUCUCAAGGAUGCUGCUUCUUGUGUUAUCGAGGAACGUGCUCCAAGUGGAAACGUUGGCUUGGUUGCUGUAUCUGCCUCAGGAGAAGUCGCAAUGCCUUACAAUACAACAGGCAUGUUUCGAGCCUGUGCUACUGAAGAUGGGUAUUCAGAAAUUGCUAUAUGGCAAUGCAGAAUUGAGUGAUUUGGGCGAGCGUUAAUUGUUGUAAUCUGAAUAUCAAAUAAUUAUCAUAUUUGGCCGUUUCAAAAUCAUGAGUAUUCAAUUAUGAUAGAAUAACAAAUUUUCACCUUUAUGUUGUUGUACUAUCAAAAUUUGGUUGAUAAUGAUGAAUUAUUUUAGAGAAAUUGA